AUGAUGGCAUUGAUGAAGCAAGCAGAUUUUUUCUAUUUAUUUGACUCCCAUGCCAGAGACUCUAAUGGCAUGCCUGAUCCUAAUGGCACUGCUGUUGUCAUGAAAUUUGCUAAUAUUCUAGAAUUAGAACAAUAUUUGUAUUCUCUUUCAAUGACAUUACAUGCCAAUUUAUUUGAAAUUGUACCUGUGCAAUUAAAUAUAUGUAAAGCUUCUGAGCAAAAAAGUAAGAGUGUAAAGGAUCAAGAGAAUGUCCAAAAAAAGAGGCUUUUAUUAGAAAAUGAAGGUGAUAAACAAGCUAGACUUAAGAAAGCUAGUGAGUAUAAAAAAAGAAAGCAAUCAGAGGAAACUGACAGUCAGCAAAAAAUAAGACUUAAAAAAUUAUGCGAGUCUAUUAAACAGAAACGUUCAGAGGAAACUGACAGUGAAUGGCAAAUAAGACUUCAAAAAAUGAGUGAGUCUAUUAAACAGAAACGUUCAGAGGAAACUGACAGUGAGCUGCAAAUAAGACUUCAAAAAAUGAGUGAGUCAAUUAAACAGAAACGUUCAGAGGAAACUGACAGUGAACGGGAAUUAAGACUUAAAAAAAUAAGUCAGUCUACUAAACAGAAACGUUCAGAGGAAACUGACAGUGAAAAACAAAUUAGACUUCAAAAGGAUUGUGAGUCUAAAAAAAGAAAGCGGUCAGAGGAAACUGACACCAACAGACAAAUAAGGCUUGAAAAAGAUAGACUUAAUAAAAAACAAAAGCGGGCAAAAAAAGUGUCACAGCCUCAACAUGAAAUAUUAAAUCAACAGGAUUAUUUAAAUAUGUUUGACAACACCAAUAACGGUGGUAUUGAAGAGCAAUGUUGGGCUAAGGCUAACAUUAAUAAGUUUAAUAAGUCUGUGCAAUACAUUGUCAGUCAGUGUACAGUAUGUCAGGAGGCAUGGCCUUUGAAAUCUAAACCAAGGACACCUUAUGUGUGUUCACGAUGCUUUAGAGAUAAAAAAUCUCCAAAAAAAUUUUCUUGCGAAAAUUCAAUGAUAUCUUCAUGUGUUCCGCAUGAAUUGCAGAAUUUAACUCAGAUUGAGGAAAUGUUAAUUGCUCGUGCUUUGCCUAUCAUGAGAGUUUAUAUUAAACCUGGUGGUCAACGAGGUUAUUCAGGACAUUGUAUUAAUCUGCCACAAAAUGUCAAAGAACUUGCAAUGUCUUUGCCAAGAUAUCCUAAAGACUUGGAUGUGAUUAUUGUCAAGGCUAAAGGUAGAGAAAACACGUUCAGAGAUGUGACAGUGCGAAAGCAAAAAGUGCACAAUGCUUUAGUUUGGCUUAUCAAUAACAAUCCACAUUAUUCUGAGUUAUUAAUUAAUGAAGAUGCAUUAAAUUCCUUACCUGAAAAUGGUGUACCACCAGGUCUUAUGACUGUUGAGACUGAUGAUGAUAUUGUCUCAGAUGACAAUUGUUCUCCUGAUGUAGGUCCUCCUACUGAUAAUCCAUCAGAGGAUAUUGUUUAUAAUGACUCUACUGAAAUGAGUAGUUUUUUACCUGUUGGUGAACAACAACAAACGGAAAUUGAAGCUGUUAGAAAUCAGCUGUCUGAAAAUGAACCAAUGCCCUGGCCCUCAGUUGAAAAUGAGCCUUUAAAUGAGUAUCAGAUAUCGCAUCUGGCCACAAUGGCUUUCCCAACAUUAUUUCCAGAUGGGAAAGGUGAUCCUACUAAUCAAGGACUUCUGAGAGAUGUCCCUCUUCAGGAACGAAUAAAGCAUCUUCUAAAAUUUGCUGAAAUUAUUGAUGGUAAAUGGGUAUACCGUUUUGCUAACCACCCCAGAUUUUCUUAUUGGGCGUUUAAUAUGAUUCAAAGAAAACGAAUUUUACAACAAAGUGGAAUAUUCCUCAAACAGAACCCAGGUGAAGCUCAUCUCACAAUUGAAGAACUGCGUGAAAUGGCUGCCAGUAACAAUGCUAAUGUAUUUAUGUCUAAAGUGUCGAGAUAUGUUGGCAAUAUUGCAGGUACUAAUGCUUACUGGAAUAGAGUAAGAGAGGAACUCAAAGCUAUCAUAACUAGUGUUGGAGCACCAACAUUAUUUUUCACUUUCUCCUCUGCAGAUAUGCAUUGGCCUGAGUUACAUGCUUUAUUUAAAGCUGAUACUGACAAUGAGUUAGGUGAUUCUACCAGUGACGUAAGACGACAAAAUGUGAUCAACAAUCCCCAUGUUGUAGAUUGGUUUUUCACAGAAAGAUUAGAAAGCUUUGUAAAACACUGGCUUUACGAUACACUUGGUGCAAAAUGGCACUGGUUUCGAUAUGAAUAUCAAGGUAGAGGUAGUAUCCAUUGUCAUGGUACUGCUAAACUAAAUAAUGACCCAGGUUUGUGUCAACUGACUCAGACUGCUUUGAAAGGUUUCUUAGCUCAAAAAUUUAAAGAUGAAAAUGAUUGUUCUGACACAACUGAACUAGACCAGGAUAUUGAAGCUGGUCAGAAAGCAGCUGACACAGUAUGUCAGUAUGUUGAUUGGUUAUUAUCAACCGUCAAUCCUAAUCCACCAGAUGAGGACAUGUGGAUAAGACCUGAGGUUCAUCCAUGUCAAAGAAGUCAUAAUGACAUUCCAGAACAUGAAAAACAAUCAGAUUAUGUAGAUCUUUUGAACAUGGUUCAACGGCACACUCGUUGUAGUACAAGUUAUUGUCUUAGAAAGAAGUCAAAUGAAACAGAGUUGAAAUGUAGAUUUCACUUCCCUUUUGAUAUUUCUCCUAAGACAAAAUUAGAAUUUGAAAAAAUUCACUCUUCAAGUGAUAAUGAGCAUUAUCGAGCUAAGAUUGUGACUAAACGAAAUGACUCUAGAUUAAAUAACCAUCAACAACUUCAGCUCCAAGGAUGGAGAGCUAACUGUGAUAUUCAAGUUGUUAUUGAUCACUAUGCUUGUGUUGAAUAUCUCACAAAAUAUGCAGCGAAAGGUGAGCCAAGAUCACCUAUAUUAAAACAAGCAUUCAAUUCUAUUGUGCAAAAUGUUGACUGUAAUACUGACCCUCGUAGAGUUAUUAAGAAGGUAGUUCUGAAAUCUCUUGGUGAAAGAGAUUAUGCAGCUCAAGAGACAAUGCAUCAUUUGUUGUCUUUAAAACUCCACAGCUCAUCCUUUAAAGUAAUGCCAGUUAGUCUAAAUGGUUCACGUAGAGUGCGUGAUGCUGCAAGUAUUGAAGAGAGUGAAUCGUGCACCGAUUAUUCACUUCUUGAUGUCUAUGCUAAUCGUGAACAAUAUGAGAGUUCACAAAAUAUAAUAAAUAUGAACUUUGUUCAAUUUGCGACAACAUAUAAAGUUGUUAAUAACAAUGAACUGACAAAAUUGCCAGAGAAUGUUAUACCGCGAAUAUUUCCAACAUAUUCUCCUAAUCCCAAAGGUCCAAAUUUUGGCCUAUAUUGUAAGUAUCAACUUUUGAGGUAUAAACCAUGGAGAACAACCCAAAAUAAUGCAUGGGGUGACCAAGAACCAACUGACGAGGUUCUGAUCAAUUGUUGGCAUGAAUUUUUACAAACACCUUAUGGACAGUCUAAUGUCCCAGACUGGUUUGAUAAAUUACAAGCUGUCAUUCAAAGCUAA